ACGCUCGAGUGGCACGUCAAUCACAGUUACCACGUGGUGCGUCGGCAUACUACGGGAGUGCUCUGCGAGUGUUUUGAUGAGCUCCCGCCAUCUUGGGAGGAAAGUGUUCCACUUCGGUGUGCAAAAAGACGUGUAGCUCGCCUAAUCCAACUCCCAGAUCGACGCCACUUGUGUGCGGGAUUCAUCGGGAACUGCUCUACGACAUGAGUUUAGAUACCCUGCUUGAAGCCGCCAAAUACAUCGAAUAUAGAUCGGAAGCAAAAGCACGUGGCGAGAUCCCGCAGGAUUACCAGACGUUCGCUCUGCAGAGCAAAGCCAUCGCAGCGGCUGAAGAGUUUCGGAUCCAGGCAAGGCAGCAGCUGCACAAUGCAUCGCGGUGUGACAAUUCUUCGGACUCCUACUCGUCGAAUCACUGCGAGGAUGGCCGGGAGAAGAGGCGGUCGGGAGGCAGACGACGAGGAGAGGAGCAGGCGUAUAUAGAUGAGCAGUCAAUGGGGAGCCUGCCGGCGCGGACGGGGGGCACACGUGAAGUCCACAAUAAGCUUGAAAAAAAUAGGAGAGCCCACCUGAAAGAGUGCUUUGAGACACUGAAAAGACAGCUUCCAAACAUGGACGAUCGGAAAACAUCCAACUUGACCAUUCUCAGGGGUGCCCUGCGCUACAUACAGAGCCUGAAGCGGCGUGAGCGGGAGUAUGAGCACGAGAUGGAACGCCUGGCUCGAGAAAAGAUAGCAGCACAGCAGCGGCUGGCCACACUCAAGAAGGACAUGUCCUUGCAGCUUGACUACCUCGACAUGAGCGCUCUGCUGCCCGAGAAGGACAACGAGACCACCACAACUGCUUCUGAGUGCGGCAAUUACAGCGACCUGGAUGAGGACCUGGAUGAGAAGCCACGUCUUCAGCCGUCGUCGGUGUCCCCCGCCAGCUCACCCAAGCCAGCGCUAUCUUUUCUAUGUGACGUAGCAGGUAACUCUGAAAAUGGCAAGCCUCCCAUUUUUCCCACAAACCACAAACUGACUGACGCGCUAAACGGGGCUACAAGUUGUAACAACAUUGUCAGCGCCUGCAGUAGCAGUGCUCUGAACAACAUUGGCACCAAUGUCACUAGUGUGUUCACCUCCUCCACCGGCCAUACGACUGCCAUCAGUGGCUGUGGUGCCACUCCUGUGAUGGUCACUGGUGGCCGGGCUGCUGCACACAGGGCAUCGCCGGGGAAAGCCACAACUCCUAUGGCAACACCACUGCUGUCGGUGACUAAUAAUAGCAAGAUGGUUGGCGCCACAGCUACCCCUCUGGGCACAAGCACCAGUCUGGCCAGCCUGGUUUCACAGCAACAGUCGCAGGUGGUGACCACACCGGCAAGUCUAGGCCUCGUUUCGGCAAGUCCCACCUCUGUCAGCGGAACUGCUGCCAUGGGGCCGAGCAUCCCGGCGGGCACAGUGCAAGUGGUGGCCAGCCCCAGUGGCACAGUGAAAGUGAUAGGUAUGGCUACAGCCACCAGUGGACCCACCGCAGGUGCAUCCGCUCCUGGUGCCGUUUCCUCGCCGGGUGUAGGUGGUAGUCCCCUUGUGGCUCUCGCUAUGGCAGCUUCUACGGCAGCGGGGUCUGUAGCACAACCGACAGCAGGCAAGUCACUGGUGCGUGUGACAACCAGUGCGGCACCGUCUGGCAUCGGUCGUCAGACACCUACGACGGGCCCCUCUCCCGUCACUUUGGUGACAGCAGCAAAGUCUCUCUUUCUCGGAGGGCCGCAAGGUGGAGUGGCCGCAACGAUGGCGGCUGUCGGUUCGAACCCCCAGCCCGUUGUGGCGGUGGCUGGGCCACCUACGGCCACUGUGGUGACAACACCCACCGUCCGACGAGGCCUGCCGCAAAUCCUAACACCUCGCGUGACUGGUGCAACGGUGCUGUCUAAUUCUACAGUGGGCACCCUGAAACCUGUACGAGGCAGCAGUCCCGCGCUCUCCCAACUGGCAGCCCACGUGACCCAUGUGGCUGCCGCCACUGCGCCCACGGGACAGAUUCCACUCAUGGCACCCAUCUCAGUCGUGGGCCACCUGCCCACGCUGCUGAGUCAGCAGUUCCUCUCGCCGGGUCUUGGUCCCCUAGCAGCAGCAGCGGCAGCCACCAGCGGUGGCAACGCGCACCACCACCACCACCACCACCAUGCUGGUGCCACUGCGGUUGUCAAGCCUCUCGUCGUAGUCAGCCUUCCCAACGUGGUGGCCCAACCGGCAACCUCGUCUAGUGUUGGCACGGCCCAGUGACACCCCCUUCCUCCUGUUUGGCGAUGACUUUCCGCAGUGGUGGAGUGCAGUCUUGUUCCCUCCUCCUUUUUCGUUUCCACUUGUGUUGCCUUCUCACGAGCACCCCACCGGCUGUCUUUGUGUUGCCUGCCCAAAGAAUAUCUUGCACCAUGCUUGAAGCUGGGGCACAGAGCUCUGACAGAGUCUCUCAGCGCUCUUUUCAUUGUUGUUGUAGAGAAGAACUUAUUUGCCAACGAUGCACUUGUAAACAGCGACAGAAAAACUCGAGUAACCUUUUUGGUGCUUGUGUGUUCCCCGAAUCACGAUUGUUUUCUUCAUCUCGGUCAGCUUCUUCCUUUUGCCUGAAUAUGGCAGGACUUCGAGGGUCUGUUGCACUUCAACCCUGUUGGGUGUCGUAGGUGUUCCAUUCCAGACUGGAGAGCUCGAUGUGUCGCGGAUGCAAGAAAGUUAGAGCGACAACACUUCUUGCCAUUUUGUUUUCCUGCUGUCUUGACAACGCCUACUGGCUGCUUCUGUCCGUGGAAGGCAGGUGUAAAGAUUUCACUGCGAUGAGCCUGAUGUUGUCAAAUUCUGCAAGAAAGGCAGCAUGUUUUUGUUCUCUGUGUUCUUUACUUGUUUCUAGCAGCUGCUCUGUCCCUGUAAGUUAAUUUCAUUUAUCAGGGACGUAUUUCUCAGUAGAUGAUCUACUUGAUAAGAAAGGAAAAGAUCUGUGGCAAGGUUUAAUAGUUCUCUCUGCUCAGCAGCAGAAUUCGCAACAUGGCAUGUUGGUUUGCUGUAGCACUUAUACUGCUCACGGCAUUGAUUUGUAAGCUGCUAUGCUUAUUAGUUUAUGUAGUCAUCAUCAUUCAUUUUGUGUCAAAUGAUGGAUGAUGAUACAUUUCAACCCUAAUUUUUUUUUUCUUUCUCCCUCUAUUUUUUCCAAUGAAUUAAAGCCUAUCAUAGCUGCCCUUGCCACCUCUUGUAUUUUUUUUCUUGUUCAUUAACAGACUCAGAGUUCAGUGCUGGUUUAAUUUAAAGGACUUUCACUUGUGCACUGAGCAUGCAACUUAUCUGCACCUGCCAUUUCAUUCACUGAACUGUUAUAACCAGCACAUAGACGAGUUCUUGGCAUAGCUUUACAAUCAGUCUGAACAUGAGAUGCAAGAAGUUAACGGCUUUCUUACACAAGGUCAACUGCACGAAGGUAAUUGUCAUCCUUCCUCUUUACAGUCAGUGUGCUUCACAGUCAUUGGUCUGUUUGUGGAGUGACAGGAGCCGUUGUUGGUCUUUGUAGCUGUCCUUGUGCUCCAUUCUAUCAUUUUGGUGAACAGAUUGAUAAAGGAGCUUCGCAUAGUGUGGUGAGAUUGGCAGCCCAACCAUCCUGGAACUGUGAACGUCUUCCUCACUCUUACGAAAAACAAAGCCUACCGGUGUUUUCUGCUGCCUUUGACAAUUCAUUCCAUUGCUGAAGCUUCCAAAAGAGUGCCUGUUCAUGUGUAUUGUGCACAAACUGUUCCUGUUUAUUUUGUUGCUGCUGUAGCCUGUGACACCUUUCACUGACUCAGUGACUUCUGUUUUCUUUUUUUUGUUAUCUGCUUGAAAAGCGUGGAUGUGUGUGGAAUGAGGGCAAGGGGUAAGUGGUGGCGGUUUUUUUGUGCUCUUCUGAAGCUAGACAGUCUCGCCAUUUUGGUCCCAUGGGUUGUCACCUUUGAAAUGCUCCAACUUCGCUUUUGCAGGUUGUGCUUUCGAAGCACUUUUACUAGAGCGCUGGGUGUGAAAGGGUGGCACUGCUUCACAAGCCU